UGACAACCGGCACCGACGCACCGACAGCGAGGAGAGAGACCGGAGGUAAACUUCACCCGAAACACCCGAAACACCGACCUACAGCUUUCAGCCAUCAGUGCCACCAGCACCGGUACCAGGUUAACCCUCACACUCCCUCACCCGGACCGGACAGCGACCCGGACCCGACCAGGACCGAGCCGCGCACCCCGACUCUCCACAUGUACAAAAUGGAUUACUCGUACCUGAACACAUACGACUCGUGCAUGGCCGCGAUGGAGGCGUCUGCGUACGCGGACUUCAGCUCGUGCAGCCAGGCCAACAGCUUCCAGUACAACCCGAUCCGCUCCGGGUUCACCGCGAGCCCGGCCUGCGCGCCCCUGGGUACCGCCAGCUGCAGCCUGGGAGCGCUGAGAGAGCAUCAGCCCGCACCUUAUUCCACCGUUCCAUAUAAGUUCUUCUCAGAUCCUUCUGGUUUGAAUGAGAAGAGGAAGCAGCGUCGGAUCAGAACCACCUUCACCAGCUCUCAGCUGAAGGAACUGGAGCGAGUGUUUGCUGAGACUCAUUACCCGGAUAUCUACACCCGAGAGGAACUGGCCCUCAAGAUCGACCUGACUGAGGCACGAGUACAGGUACAGUUAGGGGUGCAGGUUUGGUUCCAGAACCGUCGUGCCAAAUUCCGCAAACAGGAGCGUGCUGCUAAUGCUAAAGGUGGGAACACUGGGAACACCAACAACAGCACGUCCAAGAAACCAGGUGAAGCACGCGCCUCCUCCGAGGACGAUGAAUCUAAAGAGUCCACAUGCAGCCCCACCCCGGACAGCACCGCAUCACUACCGACCAACACGGGCAGCCCGGGCGCCAGCAGUCUCAGUCCCAGCCCAUCCUCGGGCAGCUUUGGGAACACUUCAAGCUCGCCGUCCAUCCAUCACACACUCAAAACUCCCACCUGGGCCAGCGUGGGUUCCCCUGCCACCACUGCGGACCUGCUCAAGAGCUGGCAGCCCGGGGAAAGCGCCAGUACUGGGCCCUUUGCCGGAGUGCUGUCAUCAUUCCACAGAAAACCAGGAGCCCUCAAGUCCAACCUCUUCUGAGCCCCUAGAUCCUCUAUCUGAUUUUAGCAUAUAGUCUCUAUCUCUAACUUCCUGCUGCCUUUCUUUAU